AUGGAUUCACUUAGACAUUUUCUUCGUGAUGAAUUUCUUGGUCGUAUUAAUGAAAUGGUUUACUUUUUACCAUUCUCCACAUCUGAACUUACCGAACUAGUGAAUCGUAGUUUAAAAAGUUGGAGUGAGAAGGCAUUGAAAAGGCAUUCUCUCACAGUAACAUGGAAUCGUGAAGUAGUAGAUCUUAUUGUUGAUGGAUAUGAUGUGUAUUAUGGAGCAAGAUCAAUUAAUUACGAGAGACAAAUCAGCCGUAUAUUAAAUGUCCAGUUCCUCCAUGUAAUAUCAUAA